CCGGCGAAGUGUUUGUGCGAGUCGUAGCCAGCUCUGACAAAACUGUAGAGAUUAAGCCUGGAAUGAAGUCUAGGUUUGUGGACUCGGGCGAGAUGGUCGAGAGCUUCCCUUACAGAACCAAAGCACUUUUUGCAUUUGAAGAAAUUGACGGUGUGGACGUUUGUUUCUUCGGCAUGCACGUCCAGGAGUAUGGCUCGGAUUGUCCUUUUCCAAAUAUGAGGCGGGUUUAUAUAUCAUACCUCGACAGUAUUCACUUCUUCAAACCACGCAUGCUCAGGAGUGCAGUUUACCACGAGAUCCUAAUUGGAUACCUGGAGUAUGUCAAGAAACUGGGGUAUGUGAUGGGUCACAUCUGGGCCUGCCCACCCAGCGAAGGAGAUGACUACAUUUUCCACUGCCACCCUCCCGACCAGAAGAUCCCCAAACCGAAGAGGCUGCAAGAGUGGUAUAAGAAGAUGCUGGAAAAGGCUUUUGCUGAGAGAAUCCUACACGAUUUCAAG